UUGCAUCUGUUCAUUCUGAUCAAUCUGACGUGUUAAUGGUGGAUGUGGCGACCAGCAUGCCUCUGUCGUCCGAGGAGGUGCUGAGCUCAGAGGCUGCCCAAGAUGCUGCGGCGGCCCCUCCCGCUGGGUAUCCUGCAGAGGUGGUGGGCCCGCGGGUUCUGAGCCGAACAUCUGUCCAUGUAGAGUUGGGUUCUAAACCUAAAGACGAUGCAGCUGAGCCAUCAACGGCUUCCUCCUUCCCCUUGCAGGAUGAACAAGACCCUCCUGCUUAUGAUCACGCUCCUCCUGCUUAUGAUCAAGCCCCUCAGGUCCCUUUCCAGGCUGAGGUUGAGGUCACCUCAUUCGUUCGUAUAUCCUCUAUUUACAACAAUGAGCCUGUGACUGAAGGAGUCACUUAUGUCGAGCAAAUACCAGAGCAUGUAGUUAUCCCUUUCACUGAUCACGUUGCUAUCGGUAAAGAAAAUGAGCAGUCACCACCCAUGAGUCCCAUUCCUAUAGCACUCAGGAAACACUCUGGCAAAGCCACAGGUGCUGUAGAACGUGCACAGCUGGAGGACAACACAGAAUAUUCCUCGGUGCAAAAGGAGGCAGAAGCAGUUCUGUACUCCGACACCUCUCUGAAAGGUCAGCCUGCCCCGCUCCAGGAUGCAGAGGGCUCUACCAAAGCAGUAGGCUCUGAAAAGUCUCUGUACCUUGAGAUGGAGUUCACUGCCCUGGUCUCUGGCACUCCUGGGCAGGAGGAACCUGGGGAAACCUCAGCUGCCCAGGAGAUGGAGGUCAAACGUGCGCUCUCUGGGGACGCUGCCAAAGCAGUGACUUCAGGUGCAUCUGUAAGGUCAUCUGGUGGUCCCCCCCGUCCUGAUCCAGAAGGUCUUACUGAGCCAGAAAUCGAACCAGAAUGGGAAGCAGCACCUGAACAAGGUUUGCUCGAGCCAGCCAUAGCAGCAAGCGAAGCAGGACAACCACCACCAUAUUCUAACACGUGGACCCUUUAUUGUCUAACUGAUAAGAAUCAACAAAGUCGCCCUUCACCGCCACCUGCACCUGGGCCUUUUCCCCAAGCAACCCUCUGUUUAUCUAAUCCUAAGGAUCCACAGUUUCUGCAGCCACCAAAAGUUACUUCUCCAACUUACAUGAUGCUGGACGACAGCAAGAAGACCAGUGCCCCACCUUUUAUUUUAGUAGGCUCGAAUGUUCAGGAAGCUCAGGAUUGGAAACCUCUUCCUGGACAUGCUGUUUCUCAGUCAGAUGCCUUGAAGAGAUAUGCUGCGGUCCAAGUACCUAUUGCUGUUCCUGCAGAUCAGAAAUUCCAGAAACCCACCCCAACCCCCCAGAAUGGUGGUAGUCCUCCAAGUGGACAAGAUGUCCCCAGAUCACAAAGCCCAGUUUUUCUUUCCGUCGCAUUCCCAGUAGAAGAUGUAGCCAAAAAAGGUUCAGGAUCUAGUGACAAACGUACUCCCUGUGGAAGUUAUGGUAUUGCUGGAGAAAUAACCGUGACUGCUGUCCAUGUCCGCAGAGCAGAAACUGGAAAGUGAUGCUGGAAAUGACACCAUUUGAGUCAACGUUGAGUCUGCCACCCAGUGUAACUUGUCAAUAAACUUCAUGCAAGCAUAAA